AUGAUAUCAUCACGUAUCUUCACUUUAUUAGCCGCGAUAUUUUUUACCACUGUUUCUGCGAGCACUCAUGGGAUCACUCUCGUCAACAAUUGUGGCAGUGCUACCACCAUGCAACUUCCCGGACGUGGCAACUAUGGCGCGGGUACCUUUUCUUUUGAUGGCGAUGUCAGAGGCGGGAUCGCUCAAGCCUGUGGUGAUAUCAAUGGAGUAGGAUGUAAUUCAAUCGAGUUUACUUUAGUAGAUGAUGUGACUUCUGCGGAUAUCACUCUCAUUUCUCCUCACCAGUUCGAUCAUCCUGCAAGAUUCACCAUCACUGGUCCUUCCGGCAGUCAGAGUGCUUCUUGUCAGAGCUCAGACUGUGGUCCAAACAACGCUUUCUAUAAGUCUGAUGAUUACACUGCUCAACGUCAAGUUACUGGUGCAGGUUCUAGCAUUUCCAUGCAAUUCUGUUAG